GUUAUUUUGGAGGAAGGCUCUGCGGAGAGCUAAGUUGCGGCAUUCGGCUGUGAGUGUCAAAAUAUAGAGAGGGGGUCUUCGAGCAGCAGAGAAAACACUCGUGGAGGAGUAAAAACUGCCUCUUGAAUGAAAUAAUCAACUUUUUGUGGAAGCAGCGAUUCUUCGGGACUGCAAUGACCUCCAGUAAAGACAUGAAGGCAGGUUCUGUGUUACAGUCCAGCGGCGAGGAGAGGAGGCGAGCUCCCUUAGACCAGCUCCCACCGCCGGCAAACUCCAACAAGCCUUUGACGCCGUUCAGCAUUGAGGAUAUCCUAAACAAACCGUCUGUAAAGAAGUCAGUGGCGAGUAUCUGUCCGCCCAGAGUGCUCGAGAAAGUGACGGGCUCGAACUCGGCGAGGAACGGGAUCACCACUCCCUCGUCGCCGCUGUGCGCGCUGGAGGAGCUGGCCAGCAAAACGUUCAAGGGACUGGAAGUCAGCGUGAUCCAGGCAGCGGAAGGUAAACUAGAACUUUUUAAUAAUGCAAUAAUCAAUCUUUGGACUGAUGGGGCAAGUUCUGAAGUUGUCUCGAGGUCGCUGAGAUGAGUGCUAGCUGGGUUUGUUUUGACUGGAAAUGCAGAGUGGUGAGGACAGCUGUAAAGGAAUGCAUAAAAUCUAAGACUGGGAAUCCAAAAUGAUCAAAUUCACUGAUCAGAUUUGAAUUGAACGUGAUUUAGGACGUGUUAAAUCUUGUCAACACAGCAGCUAAUAUACUUUUACGUGCUGUCAGAAAGUCUAUCGGCCAUUAUGGCCUACUCAUGCAGGGCUAUGUCGAAUUAAUAUGGAAAGACUGACAGAUGAGCUGUAGUGGCACACAUCCAUGCGGGUUUUGUGCAAAUUAAUGAUCUCUGGACUAUCUCAAUAUCAAAUUCGUGUUUGGCAGCAAUUACUUUGAAAAAUGAGAGCAGAGAUAAAUGAUUCUGCUUCAUUUUUGCAUAUUUGUAUCUGUUCUGAGAUUUUAAAAUGUGUUUGGUUUAUCUGCAGGCGAGGCUCUGUAUUUUGUGGUGACUGGAUCUGAUUAGAACCAUAAAAAUAUUUAUCAAAAUUAUCGGGGUAGAAAGUCUAAACAUAGCCUGCUCCACUGGACCAGGCCUUUUUACGCAGUGCCAUGUGUUUGACUCGGAGGGGAAAGUGACCCUCGCGGUUGUCUUCCAGCGUCUUUGAAUGUUUUCUUCUCUCACCUCUCCAAGGUCGCGAGCACGUGAACGCUUUCGGGCAGAGACAGACGUCAAAGAAGAGGAGAAAGUCGCGGACGGCCUUCACGAACCACCAGAUUUACGAGCUGGAGAAGAGGUUUCUGUACCAGAAAUAUCUUUCUCCGGCCGACAGAGACCAGAUCGCGCAGCAGCUGGGCCUCUCCAACGCGCAGGUCAUCACCUGGUUUCAGAACCGCAGGGCCAAACUCAAGCGGGACCUGGAGGAGAUGAAAGCGGACGUGGAGUCUCUAAAGAAGAUCACCCCUCAGACCCUGCAGAAGCUCGUCAGCAUGGAGAACAUUGAGGAGCCUCACCAGGUUGGGGGACCCGAGGCUAGAUCGCCAAGUAUCUCCCCGACCUCCCAGGGACACCGGGCCUUCCCACAGUCCCCCUCGUCCUCCAGAGACCAAACCACGGAUGAGUUCUCGGAGGACGAUGAGGAAAUUGAGGUGGACGAUUGACAGUCGUUUGGUCUGUGAUUUUCACGAGCAGCAACAAUGAGAAGAUUACUAAAAAGGGGGCAUUUUUCUUCCCAAACUUUUGCACGGAUAUCGACAGAGAAAAAGGAGAACUCAUCCACAACAGACAUCUCAAGAAUUUUCUUCUCCUCCUUCUCUCUCUUUUUCCCUCUCCAUUUUUAUUUAUUACCCGGACUUGUAGAGCUUUCCAAGUCUGUCGUUUAGGUUUCACCACACUAUUUGAGGAAUAUCCGGCUUCCUUGCAGACAGUCCUGACUCUGAUGGUACAGUGAGACUGAAAACUGUGUAAACAUUUGAGUUUUUCACGCUCGAGUUUGAAGGAGGGGGCAUGGAGAGUUGUGCAAUUAUUUUAGUUUGUCAUUUAUGCGCAUUCUUCGGAUCUGCCAAAUAUUUAAAUGAGCCUCUCAAGCCUGAGGUCGAGGUCUCUCUCUCUCUCUCUCUCUCCCCCUCUCUCUCUCUGUCUGUCUGUCCAUCCCCUCUUCAUGCAGUGUAAAACGAUUUCUUGUUUGGUUCGGGCCUGAUCUCUGCGCAAUGGAGGCAUCCUGUCAAACUUUUACACGCCUUGACUUCUGUACAUAAAUACACCAAACAUCCUAU